GCAGUUCUUUCAGCCAGUCAGUCAGAGCCAGUAGCCUCUACUCUCAUUCUCCCUCAUUCAGCGACUGGCUCAGUCUCUCCCUCUACGCUCAACACGCUGCUCCUCGCCUCCUCACUGCAUCUGUCCUCCUCUCCCUAAAGUGAGGGACCAUGCAUCCUCCUUUCUCCUCCUCCUCCUCUCUGCUUGUCCAUUACCAUUCCAGGGUCCCUUUAUCAAACAGAGCCUUCUUGCUGCAAAGCCGAGGACCAUAAAAGCCCCGCUCGAGGACUUUGGAGACGGGACAAGGCUAUCUGCCGGGGUCUGAAGACAGCUGUGGGAAACGUCUGUUGGGAUGCAGAUUUUGACUUUGCGGGACCUCGGCUGUCUGUUUAACGCCGCUUGAUCCCUCUCAAAGUUGCAGGAGAGGACACAUCAAUCAAGACACUGCCUGACUCUGGCAGCUCACCGAGUGUGGAUCCAUCAGGACGUCCGUCUCAGCUCCUCACACUCUGACCAGGACCGCAACACUGAUAUGUCAGAUUCGUCUCUCUCAGAAAAAAAACCCAACAAAAAACUGAAAAAUCUCAUGCUCCCAUCAUUCCCUCCUGUGAUUUCCAUAUGAGAUUCAGCAGCACCAGGCAGAACUGGCCUGGGCCGCUGACUUUUAACUUCACAUAACAACCACGAGGACAAAUUUAAGUUCUACAGACAGAACAAAAAGACUUUCAAGCACUUUAGGGAUACAAACAAAGCCUUGUUUGUCUGGGCGCAGCCUUAGUGGCCUUUUCUAACAGCCAUGCAGGUGUCCUUUGCAUGUACGGACCACGGGCUGAAGGCCCCGCGUAACGGCGAGCACAGCAAGCAGAACGCCACCAGUCCCAACACAGCCAGCCAGGCCCGCGCUCGCUUCCGCACCGUGGCCCUGAUCGCUCGCAGCCUGGGCUCCUUCACCCACCGCUACCACCACAACCUCAAGGAGUCCACAGCCAAGCUCACCGGCAUGAAGUACCGGAACCUGGGGAAAUCUGGGUUGCGUGUCUCCUGUCUGGGGCUCGGAACAUGGGUAACAUUUGGAGGUCAGAUCUCUGACGAGGUGGCUGAGCAGCUGAUGACUAUCGCCUACGAAAGCGGGGUCAACCUGUUCGACACGGCUGAGGUCUACUCCGGGGGGAAAGCAGAGAUAAUCCUGGGAAACAUCAUCAAGAAAAAGUGCUGGAGGAGAUCCAGCCUGGUGAUCACCACAAAGCUCUACUGGGGAGGAAAAGCAGAGACAGAGAGAGGCCUCAACAGAAAACACAUCAUUGAAGGCUUAAAGGGCUCCCUCCAGAGGAUGCAGCUCGAGUAUGUGGAUGUGGUUUUUGCCAACCGGACAGACAGCAACACUCCUAUGGAGGAGAUAGUGAGAGCAAUGACACACGUGAUCAACCAAGGGAUGUCCAUGUACUGGGGGACAUCACGCUGGUCUGCCAUGGAGAUCAUGGAAGCAUAUUCUGUGGCCCGGCAGUUUAAUCUAAUUCCACCGGUGUGUGAGCAGGCUGAGUAUCAUUUCUUCCAGAGGGAGAAAGUGGAAACUCAGCUUCCAGAGCUCUACCACAAGAUAGGUGUGGGUGUCGUGUCUUGGUCCCCUCUGGCCUGUGGAAUUAUCACUGGAAAGUACGAGAACGGCAUCCCAGAAACCUCCAGGGCCUCAAUGAAGCCAUACCAGUGGUUGAGGGAGAAAAUAAUGAGUGAAGAUGGGAGGAAACAGCAAGCUAAACUAAAAGAACUGACUCAUAUUGCGGAGAAGCUCGGGUGUACUUUGCCACAGCUAGCCAUAGCCUGGUGCCUGAGGAACGAGGGGGUGAGCUCAGUGCUUCUGGGGUCCUCCAAUCCAACCCAACUAACAGAGAACCUGGGAGCCAUUCAGGUAAUUCCAAAGAUGACAGCAGGCAUCGCCUCAGAAGUGGAUCAUAUACUGGGCAACCGUCCACACAGUAAAAGGGACUACCACCAUUAGAGAACUAUGCUCAAAAAGCUUAUCAAAGCUCACUAUUCACAGCCAUGGCACCAUGAAAACGUGUGCCCAAGAUUGCUUGUGUGUGUGUGUGUGUGUGUCUGUGUGUGCGUGUGUGUGUGUGUGUGUGUGUGUACGUAUGACUGUGCGUGUGACUGUGCAGUGUGUUCUGCUUGGCUCCUUCAAACAGUACUCAUCAAUGUAAAGUGAGCUACUUGACAAAGCAUGCAUGUUACAGCUAUAAGCAGGCAGCCACUGAAGUAAACAUAAGCUAGAGGAUCCAGCUAGAGAUGAUUUCUGGUGUGAAAACCUCUUCCACUCCGACAAACUGCAUGUGCAGAAAGUGCUGAACCAUAAAUUCAUGAAGCAAAAUAUUACAUAAUUUAGACAUAACACUUGUUCACAUUACUUCUGUGAAUAUGGCUGUCAGUGCAAGUAAAGAAAACUUAAAGGAACUUAUUUUCCCCCAAAAAGCAUCACAUUAAGCUCAUGACAGUGCAGUAAGCACACAACAAAAAGAAGAUCUGUAUCAAAAUGUACUUAAUGUUGAAGAAAUCUACCUUACUAGAUGUUUGUGGUGUGUAAAAAAGGUUCAUUGGUGAUGUUUAUAAUUCGGCCUGGUCUCAGCACACGGCAUGAACACUCCUCAUUGCAGCUGGAGCUGGCCUGUUAACAUGAUGUGUUGUUUCAGUACUGGAUGAACUGAAAUUCUUCUCACGAUGUUUCCGCUAAAACCAAGAGAGCUAAUUUUAACAAAAUGUUUCAAAACAUCUGUACUGACUGUUUUAUAUAUAUAUAU